GCUGUAUUCGAUGCUUUAUCUUCUUUGAAGACCGGGCAAACAGCCCGUAGUUAAUUAAUCUCCUCAACUAACCCUUUUAUGAUUUUCCAUCUAUAUAAAUUCCAAUGCUACGUUUGAGUGUUGUGCAUAUUGUUUUUCAAGGAGCUAGAAGAGAAGUAACUCAAAAUGGUUGGGAAGGGGUUUUUCUGGCUUCCUGGUGUGGUUGUUUUAGUGUUGAUGUUACUAGGGGUGGGUGCUACUGAUCAUGGAGAGUUGAAGAAAAAUGAUGAUGAGGGAUUAAUGGUGGUGAGUAAUGCUGAUGAGGAUGAAAAUGGUGUUUGGAAAUGGAAGAGGGGAGAUAAUAAUGGGAAUGGUGGUGCAUUUAGUUCUGGUAAUGGGGUUGGAUACAGCUUUCAUUAUGGUGGUGGUAACGAUGAUGAUCGCCACCAUAAUAACAAGCAUUCUCCUUUUGCAAAACCUGAUUGCGUUGGUAAAGGUAUUCCCCGCAAGAAGCAGAAAAAGCAUCAUCACCACAAAGGCAUCGGCGGUGGCCUUGGUGGUGGUGGUGGCAUUGGCGGCGGCGGUGGUAAAGGUGGCGGACUUGGUGGAGGUAUAGGAGGUGGUUCUGGCGGUGGCAUUGGGAAAGGAAAAGGAGGUGGUGCUGGUGGCGGCAAUGGAAAAGGAGGAGGUAUUGGAGGUGGUGCCGGUGGUGGUUUCGGAGGUGGAGCUGGUGGCGGAGUUGGAGGUGGAGCUGGUGGUGGUGGUGGAUUAGGAGGUGGUUCCGGAGGUGGACUCGGUGGUGGUGCUGGCGGCGGUGCCGGAGGUGGGGUGGGUGGAGGCGUAGGAGGUGGAGGUGGUGGCGGGAUUGGUGGCGGGGCUGGUGCUGGAGGCGGGAUUGGCGGUGGGUCUGGUGGAGGUGUAGGUGGUGGGAUUGGAAGUGGUGGAGGCUUAGGAGGUGGAGGUGGUGCUGGUGGAGGUAUAGGAGGUGGAGGCGGUGCCGGAGGUGGUAUUGGCGGUGGGGCUGGUGGAGGCUUAGGAGGUGGUGGUGGUGCCGGAGGUGGUAUUGGCGGUGGGGCUGGUGGAGGCGUAGGUGGUGGAAUUGGAAGUGGAGUUGGUGGAGGCUUAGGGGGGGGAGGUGGUGCCGGAGGUGGAAUUGGUGGAGGUUUUGGCGGUGGAGCCGGGGGAGGUUUUGGUGGUGGUGCUGGUGGGGGUGUUGGCGGUGGCAUUGGAGGGGGUGCCGGUGGAGGAUUUGGUGGCGGUAUUGGUAAAGGAAUUGGCGGAGGUGGAGGAUUUGGAGGCGGCGGUGGUGGAGGAUUUGGAGGGGGCAGUGGUGGUGGCAUUGGUGGCGGGUUCGGCGGUGGAAGUGGAGGUGCCGGCGGAGGAUUCGGAGGAGGUGGGGGAUCCGGUGGUGGUAUCGGCUAAGUCGGGCUUAUAUUGCUAAUCAGUACUCUGAAAUUAAUAUUCAAUGUGUGUCAUUUUCAUCCAUGCAUAUGUAUGUAUCAUCCUCUUAAGUUCGUGCAUUUUAUUUUUCUUUUGGACUCUUAAAUGCUUUAUAAUCCAUCUGUGGAGUGUGGAUUGUGUAUUUCAUAAAAUUGAUUCGUAUCCUUUGUUUCUUUGUUUCAACUUCUAAGUGCUUAAAUUCUAACAUUCCAGUCAUCAGAAAUUGAUUAAAAUUAUUUCUC